CAGCCUCAUCAAUUCACCGCUAAUCUUCUUCUUCAAUCUUCCCUAAACCAAUAUCAAAACCCUAGAAAUUCUUGAAAAGAUGUCUGGUCGUGGUAAGGGAGGUAAGGGAUUGGGCAAAGGAGGAGCUAAGAGGCACAGGAAGGUUCUAAGGGAUAACAUCCAGGGGAUUACAAAACCAGCUAUUCGUAGGCUUGCUCGUAGAGGUGGUGUGAAGCGUAUUUCUGGAUUGAUUUAUGAGGAGACUCGUGGAGUGCUUAAGAUCUUUCUUGAAAAUGUGAUUCGUGAUGCUGUUACAUACACUGAGCAUGCUAGGAGGAAGACUGUUACUGCAAUGGAUGUUGUCUAUGCUCUUAAGAGGCAGGGAAGGACCCUUUAUGGAUUUGGAGGUUAGGGUGUUAGUGAUUGUAGAUUUAGUGUUAUAGGCUUAUUAUUGAGUUGGGUUUACUUUUUGUUUCUGUUUGUUAUGGUCUCGAUAGAUCAUUUUUCUAGUAAUUGUAAUUGUUCUCUUCUUUGUUUAUAUUGCACUGUAUGUUGAUCUCAAAGUGAAUCAACCAGCAAUGUAUUGUUAUUAGAAA